UAGGUAUAUAUAUAUGAGAAAAAAAAUUAAUAAAUACAAUUGAAAAUAUAACAACAAAUUAUAAUUAAUAAUAAAUAUUAAAUGCUCUAGACAGACACGCAUACAUAUCUAUGUAAAUACAAGUGCAUAUUUACAAGUCACACAAACACAUACCUACACAUAUUUAUUAUUUAUUGAUACAUGCCAAUACAUGCGGUGUGUGAAUUAACAAAAUAACAAGUUUCAUCAUACAGAGAAUAGAAUAAUGGCAUUUGCUAUUCGAAGUUUAAGAAUAUUAUGCAAAAAAUCCAAUGUCAGUUGUAAUACAUCAUAUUCAACACUUGGUAAACCAUUGAUGAGAUUAAAUUUAAUAUCUGCAUCACCAAAAUUGUUUUUUCAUUCAUCAGGAAAUAAAACUAUAUCUCCAAAAAUUGGUGGUAAAUUGUCAUCAAAUAUUCGUUCAUCACCAAUUGCUAAAUUAGUAGAAAAUUUUAAUGACUCUAAUCAAGAUGAUCCAAUUAGUAGACAAAAAAAAGAACAAGAAGAGGAAGAAGAAUAUAGAAAACAACGUGAACAAUCAUGGAAAAUGAUGAAAUGGAGUUUUAUAUUAUUUGGUGUUGCAACAACAAUUGGUGGUUCAUUGUUUAUUUAUGAAUUAGUUAAACCAACUUAUGAUGAAGAUGGAAAAAUUAUAGAAGAUGAAUUUUCACAAUUGCCAUUCUAUGAAAUGAUAUGGAAAAGACUUUGUAAAGAAUUAAAUUAUUACAAAAAAUUUGUUCAAGAACCAAGUGGUGAUAAAUUAUUACCAGAUCCAUUAAAGUAUCCUUUUAUGCAGCCACCUUAUACACUUGUUUUAGAAAUGACUGAUCUUCUUGUUCAUCCAGACUGGACAUAUCAAACUGGUUGGAGAUUCAAAAAACGUCCAGGUGUAGAUCAAUUUUUAGAGCAACUAACAAUGCCAAACUUUGAAAUUGUCGUUUACACAGCUGAACAAGGACAUAUAGUAUUUCCAAUACUAGAUUCACUUGAUCGAAAUGGAUACAUUAUGUAUCGACUUGUUCGUGAUGCAACAAGAUUUAUUGAUGGUCACCAUGUAAAAGAUCUUGAUGCUCUUAAUCGUGAUUUAAGUAAAGUUAUUGUUAUCGAUUGGAAUCCAAACAAUGUUAAACUUCAUCCACAAAAUGCUCUUGUAUUACCAAGAUGGAAUGGCAAUGAUGAUGAUACAACACUCAAUGAUCUUGCUGCAUUUUUAAAAAUGAUACAUGCCACAAAUGUUGCUGAUGUACGUGAUGUUAUUACUUAUUAUCAACAAUUUGAUAAUCCACUUGAGGCAUUUAGAGAAAAUCAACGUAAAUUAUUACAACAAAUGGAAGAUGAAAAAAUGCAAAAACAACAAAUGCAAAAUUCUAAAACAUUAACAUCAAGAUGGAGAUCAUCAUUUGUAAAACCUCAAACUAGUUAAUAAUUGAAAAAAAAAAAAAAAAAAAAAAAAAAAC